UCAAACGUUUGAUGAAAGAGGCUGCAGAACUGAAGGAUCCCACAGAUCAUUAUCAUGCACAGCCUUUGGAGGAUAAUCUUUUUGAAUGGCACUUUACUGUUAGAGGCCCUCCAGAUUCAGAUUUUGAUGGAGGGAUUUAUCACGGGCGAAUAGUACUGCCACCUGAAUAUCCCAUGAAACCACCCAGCAUUAUUUUACUGACGGCCAACGGCAGGUUUGAAGUGGGGAAGAAAAUUUGUUUAAGCAUCUCAGGGCAUCAUCCUGAAACAUGGCAGCCUUCAUGGAGUAUAAGAACAGCUUUACUAGCCAUUAUUGGAUUUAUGCCAACCAAAGGUAAAGGGGCAAUAGGAUCUCUAGAUUAUACACCGGAAGAAAGAAGAGCUCUUGCAAAGAAGUCACAAGACUUCUGUUGUGAAAUGUGUGGCACAUCUAUGAGGACAGCCCUCUUACCACUGACAUCCGGAAGCGUGUCAAGCCAGGCAGACAAGGAGGCUAAAGAACUUGCCAGGCAAAUCAGCUUCAAGGCAGAAGUCAAUUCAUCGAGGAAGUCUGAUGCUGGACCCUCAAACGCGUCAGGAUUGAACCGCUCCGCCGCUUCACAUGAGUCCCAGCAGGGUGCUGCAGCUCGAGCAUUCCAGGACCCAAAAAGUGCAACGUCUGAAGCUCAGAGCAGUGGCACAGCAGCAGCUGCCGGUCGUGAGCAAACUCCACCUGCACCCACCAACACCUCCCUGAGCCCUCGGCAGCGCCGUGCCCAGCAGCAGAGCCAGAGACGGGCGCCGUCGUCAGCCGACUUCAACCGGGGCCAGCAACAGAGAGUCAACAUGAACCACACCAGAUCAACUGUGCUGAUCGUCCUCCUGACUUUUGCGUUGGCUGCUCUUAUAUUUCGUAGAAUAUGCUUGGCUAACGAGUAUAUAUUUGAGUUAUAAGUUUGUUUUGUCGUAACAGCAGUGACUUGAAUGCUUCAUUGAACAUUCUGUAUUGAGUAUGACAUCAGAACUGUUUACAAAGA